AAAAAGGAUUCCGUCGUGGAGAGCCUUCACCAGUUUCGUCUGACCGGUCGGAACGAUGUCCGCACUUCCCGUCCUUCUGGCUACCGUCUGUAUCUUCACUCUGCAACGGGCCACCUCAUGCCAAUAUCCGGAACUUCAGCCACGACUGCAAAGAUACCAAAACCCACGCCACUGCUAUCCCAACAAUGGCGACUGGAUCAUGGUCAAGAGAAAUUAUCCCUACGAUCCACACUUCGGCGGAACUGCUAGAUGCGUGAAAUAUGAGAGAAUUGGACCGGUCAUGGGUAACAGCAUGAACGUAAGGUUCUCUUGGUGUCAGGAUGGUUCCGGACGUGGAUGCGGAUCAAGUGUCGGCCGUUAUGUUCUCACUUCUACGCCAGGAUACCGUGCAAGGAAUCUGUACAACUUUUUGUCCUUCAUUGGUGCGGGCAAUUUCCAAAUGCAUACGAUCUACAAAGACUGCGGCACUUGUUUCGUUGGGCGUUAUCACCAUGCUCUUAACGGAUAUGGCUGUGCCAUGUGGCGUCGUGUGUCAUCAACGCUCAACCGCCGUGCCAGCUACUGCGACUUCAUCUUCCACCUGUUCUGCGGCGGUGCUCCCGAGUACCACAUGUACGAUGAGUCAUGCGGCGGGGCGCUCGGCCUUUACGGUGGCUCCAGCAUUGGCUGGCGGAAGCAUUAAUAUGUUUCGGACGAGUUACUGACCCACUCCUGAGCAUGUAACAGCCCAGCACGCUUACUGAAAUAAAGCUUCCUUUCUGUUCA